AACCCAAGGCUGCUACUCUGAAACCUUCUAUUUUAUUGUGGUUGUGUGGAAUGUAUGACACUUUAAUGUACUACUCCCGUGCUUUGGCUAAGGUUGUAUGUUUUUUACAUACUUCUAGUUCUUUAAGGUGAAUUUAGACUUCAUUAAUUUUGUGAUUGGAAAUGGUUGAAAAUUAAGAAAUUAAUACUAGAGUAAACAAUACAAUAUACAUGCACUUAUUUUUCUUAACUGAUUUUUCUUUAUGCACAGAACACUAUAAACAUGUUUACAUAAGCAUAACUAUUUAACUGAUUAGACACUUUUAUAGAAUGAAAUUGUGCAUUUAUUUUAGCAUGCAAUUUGCUUGUCUGUGCUUUUUAAAAGAAGAAUGCAAAUAUAUGCAAUUACUAUGGCUGAGAAUUCAUCUGAAUAAAAAUCAGGAAAUUCAAUUAUUGGAUUCCACAGCAACUAUAACUACAGAUGAAUUUUACCUAUACUGCACAAGGCAUCUAUGAAUGUCAAAUGUGAUGCAAAAUCUCACAUUUCCUUCAAGUCUUUGCAAACUCAUUAUAAAAUGCUUGUGUUGGUUUAAACAGCAGAAGGAAACACUAGAAGCAAGCACAAUUCUGAACUGUUCCUAGAUGUAUCAAAUGGUCUUUCUGCACAUUUGAUUUGGUGGCCAGGGGAAACAACUAUGCUGAAUUACAGAAGAUUCAGGUCACCGAGGGGAAGGAGAGGAACUGGAGGAACUUUCUUCCCACGUUCAGCAUUAAAAAGGAAUUUCCCAUGGCAGAAGUAAAAUGAGUAAUUCAGAACUGUCAACAGCAGUUAAUAUAACUUGGUCAUCAAUCAAUUUCAAAACAAUACUACAGUGGCAACCCAAGCCAACCAACUAUGUCUAUACAGUAGAAAUAUCUGAAAUCAACUCAAACUGGGAAAAAGUGUGCAUCCACACAAAAGAAACAGAGUGUGACGUUACUGACAAACUGGAGAAGGUAAAAGACACCUAUACUGCACACAUAGUAUCUGAAAUGCUUUCAGGGACAGAAAAAUUUGAGGAGCCAUCUUAUGCAAUCUCCCCAAAAUUCACACCUUACAAUCAGACUACAAUUGGGAGACCAAGGAUUCAAACUUAUGAACUAACUGAUUCCAAGCUGAAAGUGUUGGUUGAAGAUCCACUUACACCAUACAGAUUUCCCAAUAAAAGCUUUAAAAGUAUCAGAGAUAUUUUUAAAAAUGACCUGGAAUAUACACUCUAUUAUUGGAAAGAUCAAAGUACAGGAAAGAAAGAGGCAACGACAAAAAGUAAUCAAUUUGAAAUAAGCAUUGACAAAGGGAAGAACUACUGCUUCUAUGUACAGGCAAUUAUUCUCUCUCACAGAGAGAGCCGCAAAAGUCAAGAGAGCAAGGUGACUUGUACCAACCAUGAGAGAAAUGUUUUGGAUGAGUAUGGAACUGAAGCGUUUAUUAUCAUAGCAGCUGUAGCCAUUGCAAUCCUCAUUACAAUCAUUGGCUUGUCUGUGACCCUGUAUAAAUGCAAGAACAAAACAAAAGCUGCAAAGGAAAAAGAAACCGUGCCACUUAAUGAUAUUUAGGAAAAACACAAGAAGUGCCUUUUGUUACUAUUUCAAAUGCUGCUGCAUUCCCAGACAGAAAAGCUUAUGGUACUUGAGAGGAAAAAACUACUGUCUCUAAAUAUUAUUAGCCUUUACUUAAAUGUAAAGGAACACUUCCUGUUUCUGUGAAACAUUUUGUGUUUUUUAUAUUUAAAGCAAAAAACACUACUUUUUAAACCCUAUUUUGUUUUAAUUUUAACAAUGUUAAACUGACGAAAUGUUAGCUCACAAAUAUGAAAACACUACUAUUCCUUCUGCACUUCAUGGAGAAGUCAAUUUUUAAAUUGGUUAUUCUGUAUAUCAGUUGAUAUAAGUUAUCAAAACUAAAUAAAUGACUGUCUAUAUGACAUCCUAACAAGUUCACUUGUGAGGAAGUGAGAGUACCAUAUCAAAAACUAACAUUCAAAACCAUAAUACAACGGAUCCAAACUUCUAACAAUCAAUAUAGAGACAGAAUUACCUGUUUAAACUUUAAAAUAUACUUUAGACAACUCCAGGUGCUAAACUGAGUAAUUUGCAAUUCAUUUGAAUCAAUAGGUAAUUAAUUUCCUGCACAUACUCAAUAGGAAGAAGAAUUUAGCACUUAUUUUAUACUGAUGAUUAAACACUUGAGAGAUCACUAUUUUAUUUUUAUAAUGGGAUGUCUAUAUAAAUGAACUACUUGGGUGAUGUGAUUUGGAGGUACCUCAUACUACUACAGUUUCUAAUAUAUUUAUGAUUUUUAUAAAUGGGAAUUUUUAUAUUGGUGAUAUUUGUAUAUAUUGUGUUAACUUAUUUAAUAUAAUUUCUUACUGAAAUAAAGGUGAAUGGAAAAACAAGA